AUGCGCUUCCUUAGCGACAACGUCGUCGUCGACCGGACAGACCAGAUCCCUAUGCAAGUUCUCUGCGCCGGUCUCCCUCGUUGCGCAACAAGCUCUAUACAAGCCGCACUUGAGUCGCAAAGCAUCGGUCUGACUCCUUGUAUGCACUUUGCACACAUCGCACCGCACGCCGAUCGCGGGGACAUCCUCCUAGCUGCACUGCGGGAGAAUGACACGGCGCGGCGUCACAAGUUACUCCAUAAACUGUUUGAUGGUUUUCAGGCAACCACCGAUUUCCCUGGCGCUAUGCUCAUGGAUGAUCUUAUGGACAUGUACCCGGACGCUAAGAUCGUGCUGAACAAGCGGCCUGGUGGCGGCCGCCAGUGGGAGCAGUCAAUGAAAGUGCUCUCCUUCGGAGGUUCACCGGUCUAUUACGCUGUCUGUUUCUUAUGGAAGACCGACCGUAACUUGUAUGCCAUAUGGAACAAUGUUAUGGAACGCUGUCAGAGAAAUCUGGGUCUAACUGCGAACGAGGUUUUGACAGCAAAGCAUUAUGAUGCGCAUAAUGCGUGGAUUCAUGCCGAAGCAGCUAAACGUGGGCGGGAUGUCUUUGAAUUCGAGCCUGAAGAUGGAUGGGAAUCUUUGUGCGCAUUUAUUGGCAAGGAAGCACCGAAAAACGAGCCUUUCCCUCGCCGUAACGAUGCUUCUGAGGUUCGAAUGAUAGUGCGGAUACUGUAUGCUCGGGGUGUAAUCUCCUGGCUUGCGCUAGGUGGGGUGGUGUUUGGCACAGUGAGAUGGCUUGUGAAGGGAAAGUGA